UCGAAUUUUUAAAUUUGCAAAAGUAUCUAAGAUUUUAAUUACCAUAGUUUCUAGGUAUUUAAACUGAAAUGUACCAACCGUACCAAUCUUAACUUGUUAAUGCAUAUAAACUUUUUUAGUAAUCAUUGUGCAAAGGCCGUGAGAAAAUUCUUUACAAUGGCUUCAGCGGCAAAGAAGCCAAAACUGGCUUCGUCCGAGGGUUCCUCGAGUAAGCAGAGCUUGGAGGAAUUUCGGGACUCGAUUCAGAAGAAGCGCGAAGUGACCGCAGACUCCAUAAUGAAUUUCAAGUUUAACAAGAAACGCGUGAGGAUAAUAUCUCAGGAGCAGCUGGUGGCGGAUAAAUGCGAGGGAAUCGUGUACUGGAUGUCCCGGGACAGCCGCGUGCAGGACAACUGGGCCUUCCUCUAUGCACAGAAACUCGCACUCAAGAACGAAGUCCCCCUGCAUGUCUGCUUUUGUCUCAUUGCAAAAUAUUUGGAUGCAUCUGUGAGACAGUUUCAUUUUUUGGUGAAAGGGCUAGAGAAAGUAGCAGAAGAAUGCAAGAAAUUGAACAUAUCAUUUCACCUGCUGGAGGGUAGUGGGGCAGAGGCUCUUCCCCAGUGGAUAAUUGACCACAACAUUGGAGCUGUGGUGUGUGACUUUAACCCCUUGAGAGUGCCCUUAGGAUGGGUGGAAGGAGCUAAAAAGAAAUUCAAGAAAGAUGUACCUUUGAUUCAGGUUGAUGCACACAAUGUAGUUCCAUGCUGGGUGGCGUCAGACAAGCAGGAGUACUCAGCCCGGACCAUACGUAACAAGAUUAACUCCAAGCUGGAUGAGUAUCUAACACAGUUCCCACCCGUCAUCAAACAUCCAUACACAAGUAAAUUUAAACCUGAGGCAAUAGACUGGGACGAAGCCAUACAGUCGCGGGAGGCGGACAAGUCCGUGGGGCCGGUGGAGUGGGCGAGCCCCGGGUACGAUAGCGCCUUGAAAACGCUACGAGACUUCCUCCAGAAGAGAUUGAAGCAGUACGCUACCAAGAGGAACGACCCCACACUGGAUGCUCUUAGCAACUUGUCGCCCUGGUUCCAUUUCGGUCAAAUAUCCGUGCAGAGGGUCGCGCUGUGCGUGAAGGAACAUCAGAAGCAGUGCACGGAGAGCGUCAACGCGUUCCUGGAGGAGGCGAUAGUGCGGAGCGAGCUGGCCGACAACUUCUGUUUCUACAACGAAAACUAUGAUUCCGUGAAGGGUGCCCACGCGUGGGCGCAGAAAACUUUGGAUGACCACAGAAAAGACAAGCGAACUCACAUCUACACGUUAGACCAACUCAAAGACUCAAAAACUCACGACGACCUGUGGAACUCGGCGCAGAUUCAGCUGGUGAAGGAGGGCAAGAUGCACGGUUUCCUGCGCAUGUACUGGUGCAAGAAGAUCCUGGAGUGGACCACGAGCCCCGAGGAGGCGCUCAAGUUCGCCAUAUACCUCAACGACCAUUACAGUAUAGACGGCAGAGAUCCCAAUGGAUUCGUUGGUUGCAUGUGGUCGAUCUGUGGCGUGCACGACCAGGGUUGGGCGGAGCGCGCGGUGUUCGGCAAGAUCCGAUACAUGAACUACGACGGCUGCAAGCGCAAGUUCAACGUCGCCGCCUUCGUCGCGCGCUACGGCGGGAAGGUGCACAAGUAUGUGCCACACCAUUGACAGUCAACAUAAUGGAGCCUCUGCGGUGAAUGUCGCUCCUACGGUUGAGGAGUGGCGGGCAGCAGCAAGUCACAGGUUUCUCUCCUGACAGGAGUCAAGCAGGCGAGGCGAGGUUUGAGCCACAUUUUGUCACACCGAAGCUCAUCUUUUUCUGUUACCUACAAUAAUUAAUGUUUGCGAAGAUUUCCAAGAUUAACGCCGUGUUAACUUUACUGAGCAUAUUUCCGAUUUUUAUGUUCAUCAGAAAAAGAUAGAAGUUGGUACAGCUAUUAACAAUAAUUGUCGCCGCAACAAUCUGCUCUCGUGUCUAUACUAAGAAGUCAAAACGAGCUUUCUUCUCGGUCUUGUCAAAUGUUUGGGAAUUAUUAUGGGAGAGAAAAUGUCGGGACGAUAAGGCGCUUUGCAGACGACGCGACGGGGCGGCGCGG